GUAGUGCUUGCAGUUUGAAUGUUAAACACCUUUACUAAUUGGUACGAGAGAGGGGAACAGACAGAAAGGUGGAUUUAAGUGCCUCUGUUGAUAAAAAGUUUAAUACUAAAUGAUACAUAACAAUUAAUUCAUAGUACAUAUAGAUUAUUAAUUGCUUAUUGUGUUUAUAUUCAACAGGAAGUGACUCAUUAUUAAAACAUGUAAAGUCCAGUCUUUUUUCAGUAACUAACAAGCCUUACAAGAGUGAUGUACUUUAGAUUUCAUUGGACUUUCUUCUUUAUUUUCUCUCUCCUACUUCAAAUAAUAAAUGGGAACUGGACAACAGAGAUACCAGUAACUACAGUACCACCAACUACAAGUGGACUCUCCACUGCAGGCCUCAUUGGGAUUACAGUAGGUAUUGGAGGAACAAUCUUUCUAACAUUGUUGGUACUACUAAUAGUUGGAGCAGUCAUUAUAAUUUGUAAAAAAUGUGGAAAUGGAAUUGACAAUUCUGAUGCUCCCACAGAAUCAGUAGAUCCAUCAAUGAUAUCAUCAUUUAGUGUGAAAGAGAAUGUAGCCUAUGGUAAAACAGCUGUUGAUAAUACCAUAAACACAUCAGAUAAUGUUGCUUAUGCUCAAACAGAAAGUGCUACUCAAUCAACAGAGGAAAUAAAUUCAUCUGCUGCUUAUGAUACUGUUCGCAAUUUUCGAAUAUAGAUAAUACUGUACUUUAUUUAAAUUAUUCUUUAAAAAUAAGCAUAAUUUAUUGCAAUCUGAAGCAUGAAGGAAUGGGUAGCAUGUGUAGGAGAAACAUGUACAAAUCAAGAGAUCAAUAAUUUACUAAUCAUGCAUGACAAUUGACAUUACUUGUAUUGUAUUCAUCUUCUACUCAAUUGUUUUGUCAUUCAUUUAAUUAAAUACAAAAAAUUAACAUGAAAUAUCAUUCUGUGAGUGUACCCGGCAUUACAAGAAGAGUAUAUAUUUGUUUGUAGCUGAACAAGAGAGCAACUAUAACAAUGAACUAUCUGUUUUAUGUCUUUAACAUAAUUUUUGGCAAUCAUAUCUUCAAAACAAAGAAAGUUCUUAAGUGAUUUUUAUUUUAGGCAACCAUAAUUCUAAAGUUCUAUUAUUUUAAUUUUCGCGGCUUUGUGGCGUGCGCGUGGUAGGUAGAACUAUAGCAACAAUCAUGGUUGAAAAUGGCGGAGAAACUCUGGCAAGGAGAGACUUUGGAACAGACAGUGGCGGAUCUAGGGGGGGUUCCAUGGGUUCCAUGGAACCCCCCUUUGGCAAAAGAAGUUGUCUUUUUGCAGUAUCUUUGGCAUAGGCGUAUCAAGCGUUCUCCAGGCACUUAAUUAAUUAUUCAUAUAAUUAAUUAAUUAUUCAUAUACUUAAUUAAUUAUUCAUAUAAUUAAUUAAUUAUUCAUAUACUUAAUUAAUUAUUUAUACCUUUAACUAUUGAUUGUGGGCAAUUUGGGCAAAUGCAUUUAAAAUUUAAGACCUAUAACUGCCCUGGUGCUUAAAUAAAUACUGGAACAUGUAGGUGUGUGCUAAAUUAUUGUGGUUAACAGUGCUAACUAUUGUGGUUAACAGUCCUCCCACUGUUAAAAUACUGUGUAUAAUACAAUAACCAAUGAAUAUAAUUAUGGCUGCAAAUUUCUACCCGGGCAAAGCCCGUGCUUGCCCGGGUCCAAAUACGCCUAUGAUCUUUGGAUUCUUUGCAGUCAGUUUGCAGCACUUUUCUUCCAUUUUAUUAAUUAAAAUUGAUGAGCCACACCCAAAUUUUAAUUAAAAUUAAUGAGCCACACCACUUAAGUGAAAUGGAACUCCCCUUUUAAUUUUUCUGGAUCCGCCAGUGAACAGAGAUGUCCUUACGAUGAGAGGCCAGUGUCCCCGGGAGGGGAUAGUAUGACGAGUAGUUUAGAGUGUGAUCUCAUGAUAGAGUCGCUCCAAAAGGAGUUGGGCAUAGUCCGGUUGGAGCUUGAAGCCAUAGUCCUGCAACAGAUACUAUAAAUACUGGAGGAGGAGGAGAAGGAGAGGAAAGGGGAGAGGUGAUGCUUGCUGUAGGGAAUACGUUUUACCGAUUUCAUUACAGACCUGGCCGUAAUGCCACUGAUGAUGUCAUGGCCCUGAUCAACCGUGGAGCAGGGAUA